GCCAGCAGAAUAUGGAACAGACACCCUAUGAGAUACCCUUUUCCCCAAAAACAGUUCAGGGAGGUUUUGUGAAAGGGUGUAGCCUAGAGCUGAAUUCGGAAAGGCCCGAUAGUUGCCAACUUCCAGCUUUUUUAGAUGAGCAAGAAGAUUGGUCUUCAGCUUCGGACAAAAUGGUAGAAUACUUGGCCGAAUACAACAAUAAACUUGUUUCAAUGACCUCUACGUUGAAUGAGAAGUUAGAUAGACUAGAUUACUCUGUAAAGAGUUCGCUUGAUAGAGUACAAAACAUCGCUUGCAGACUCGAGCAACUUUAUUUUGCUCCAUUGACAGAAAGCAACAGUAUAUCUAAAAUUGCAAAGGAUGCAGAACACUGCAUUACUCAAAACACCAUCGCUGGACAAGAUGAAACUCCCUCGGCUCAAGAGGCGGACCACAUAGCCAAAGACGGUUUAUUUUCAAUAGACACGGAAUUUACCAAUAAAUGUCUCCAAGCUUUUGAUCUACCUACAUCCAAGGAUUCGCCCUAUUCAAAUUCUGUACAUGAAGGCUCGGCAAGCAACUUUCAGAGAAGUUUUGAUUACUUGGAUAGCCUUCCACCACUCUUGCCAAUCAUCGAUCCAGAUGACUAUUCUGGCCUGAAUGACACCGAUAUAACCACCAACGAGACAAACUCAAAAAAUCUAAGACGAGAUUCAAUGAUUGAACAGAAGCCUUAUACAAAUUCAGAUAUCUAUACCCAAACACAAAGGACUAUGAAGCCAAGAGAAGGUGUUGCCGACAUUGACAUAAAUCUCUCUUCACAAGAAACCGCCAACUUGGAUGAAAAUAACAUUGUUCAAGAAGGGGUAAGUCCGUCUGCCUCUGUAAUUGAGGAGACACCAUCAGAUCACGAUCCGGCUGAAGAAGCUAUAGGUUCGAUCAGUCAACAAUCAAGUAAGGAAUUUUAUAAGAAAAGACUAUCAAAAGUAAUUCAGAGCAAACUUCAAGUGUAUUUAAACUCUAAAAGUUGUGCGGAUUAUAGCGCCGAAAAAAUUGAUGGUGAUAGAACGUCAGGCAACUUGACUUCUACUGAAACUCAGCCGUUAUCAGACUCAAGCUCAGAGAUGCAUUUUCCUUUUUUGAGUGACAAGCGAUCAAUCACUGACCUAUUAGAAAAAGAACAGAAAAAUGAAGGCUCACCGGAACCUUUGACUUACUCACAGCUAUCUAAGACUAAACAAAAUGUGAAUGAUAAAAUUUAUUCGAGAAAAGCAAAUUCCAAUUUAACUAAUUUAAGUAGUAAAUCAAUUGAUUCUUCUUUACUUGAAGAUAAUGAUACUAAGCUAUCUGAAUUUGAAAAUUACCAAAAAGCUUCGAAGUCUGCAAAAGAGGAGAUGCCUAAACACGAGAAGACAGUAUUUUCAGGCACUGAUAGCCCUCAGUUUCCUGAUGCCAGAGAUGGAAGCUAUGAUCUUAAUUUUGGUGAAUACAGUGAUAGAAUGCAGUCAAUAGAUGAUUUGGAUGACGAGGAUGAUACUAUCUUUAAUCGAAAUGAAAAGUUGACGAAUAGAAUCAAAGCGCACGAUAAACCGAGAAAAAUAUUUGAAAACAGCAUUUCACCUAAAUAUAGUGGUAACAAUUAUCUGUCCAGUGCGGAAUCAGUAUCACAGAAUGUCGUGUCAGAAGUAUCUAAAAGUAAUAUUCAAUCUGGUGAUGAUGAAAAUUCAGCAUUUGGUACAAAUUACAUGCCACAAGAUACAGUCGGAAACAGAACUAUUUCUAAAGCACCUAAGGACAAUAAUUUGUUCGACGAUGACGAUGAUUUUUUCUCGGAUAUAGGCUCAACGAAGUUUGUAAACCAAGAGUCCGUGAUAAAAAAAGCAUCUCCAAGUAUAGGUUUAUUUGAUGAUGAUGAAGAUGAUGUGUUCUAGUUUUUGAAAACGGUAUUUUACUAGUGUGUUAAUAUAACAAAAUAUGCGGUGUAUAGCCAGGAUAAUGCCUUCUAGAUUACUAGGCUCGAGUAUUUCUUUAUUGAUUUGUUAUCUCGAGAUCUACAAUUCAAUCUAUCAACAAGAUACAAGCAUCAUUUGCCAUUGAUGAUCCAAUUUUGCUCAUAAUUGGCGUGACAUUCUAAUAGAGCUAAUAUCACUAAAAGUUGGCGCGGUUUCACAGAAGGUCAAACUAAGACAUACAUUUUCCAAUAGUCAUCUAUCCCCAAUGAGCAUAUCACCUAAAAGUAAGCCACGGGCUUUUCAAGUUUUCAUCACCUACUUAGCCAAGAGCAAAUACCAAUUCGGCUUCUUGCAAAAGGCGUCAAAAUAACGCAAAUGUAAUAACCGAGAUAUUAAACAAAGAAGCCCAAGAAAUUACAAAUUUUAUAGAUGCAUAGCAAUCAAUGUUCUGGGCCGCUCUUCUCAAUUCUGCAUCUUUGGACUACUGCACAAGAAAAUGCACUAAGCGAGGAUCGAGUAAUUAAAAUUUCUCUCCAAAAGGACAGAGAGAAGCGGGCUCAUUUUCAAGCACUAAGCUGGUGAAUGCAGGCAAAUAAAAUGGAGAACAAAAAUAAAAAGUUGUGCAGAUCUAAUAUUGAAAAGAAACAAAUUAAUUCGAAUUUUAUUUAUAUUCUAGAUUAAUCGUGUGUUAUAAAACCGCCUAUCUAUCGAACGAGCCGAUAUACUUCUCUCGGUAUCAGCAAAAAAACAAAUUUUAUAACAACAUACAACGCUAAGUUUACACUAAAAUUUCCAUGGACGUUAAUGAAGGAGAAACAAUUACGAAAAAA